CAGUGAAUAAAUGGUUAAUUAAAAGCUUGGAAAAAAAGACCCCUACCUAUUAGUCGGCAAAGAAAUCGUCCUUUCUUGUUGAUUAUUUCAACACGUCACCCAAUGGCUAUGUUUAAAGUGUUUUGUGAAAGUUAAACCGUCGAGUAGCCUAAAAUGAGGAUUCCUCACUGCGCUCCUUUCAGCAAUAGGCUGCGCGCGCUCUCUGUGGUGGCGGGAAGCGCGAGCCAGUGGCGCGGCGUCCUUAUUCUACCUUGAGAAAAGGAUGCGAAACCCUACGAAACCCGUUUCCAGGUCAACAUGGGGUUAGACUCGCUGAAGGCAACCCUCGUUACGAUCUUGAACGCGCUCGCUUUGAUUCCCAAACCCUUAGCAUACAAAAUUGACGCGCGUGUUUGGAGCCACUGAGGAAAAUGCUGACGCGUUGACGGUAUAUUUGAUCGGUUCGUCGGCGCGUUUGACGUGUAGACCGCUGAGGGAUAUUUAUUACUCUUAAGGACUUUUUUAUGGACUCGAACGAUCGUCGCAAAUGUCUUGCUUGUGGAAACGUUUUCUUGGAGAGCAACACGAAUUUGGGAUUUUUGUAUUUUACGAGACAUUAAUCAAAACGACGCGUAGCCUGCUGAGGGAUUUGUAUUACUCUUAACGACUUUUUAUGGAAGCGAACGAUCGUCGAAAAGACCGUAUUUAUGUGGAAAUACUUUGUGGGGGAACGCUGUAGCCUAUUUGGAAAUGUUCUGAAUACGCGUUAAUUUAAACGCAGGUAUGUUUUAUGAUUUAUACCCAAAACUCGUAUCAUACUGCACCAUUUUUCAUUUAAAGAACUGUUGUUUUCAUGGUCUGUCAUUAAACGAGGAAAUGCGACUUGUCUCUAUAGCAAACAAACUCGAAUGACCAUCACAAACAUCCUGUUCAUGUGACACUUUAUUGGAAACGUUUUUGAAUAGAACGAGAGGUAUUAAUUUCAACGACGCGUUUGACGCGUUACAGAAUAUUCCUGGUUCUUUGCGACUUUUUAUGAACGCGAAUGAUCGUCGCAUACAUGGAGAUACUUUACAUUUUGGGAUGUUGUGAAUAGAAUAGGCACGCAAAGGUCUUACUGCAGAAUAUUUGAUUAUAUAUUCUCUCAUUAAACCAGUGAAAAUAAUGAUGGACUUCUGAAUUUGGGAAUGAUGUUCUAAAAUGGUCUGUAUGAUCCAAAAUGUUCAUGUUCAAAUCAUUUUAACACUUGCAAGUUGCAUUUUGGGAUAUUCAUAUAUGAAGAAACUGAUGUCCGCAUUUGGAUAAACUGAACGAGACUUCACCAAGAGUUUGGCGCAACUACAUCCACUGGUGAUGCCGGAGGUCACUUCCACCAGAAGUGAUAGGCUAGCGUCCAAAGGCAUUAUGUUUUUAUGCAACACCACAGCCAUCAAGGACUGGAGCUAUUUUCUCUCUCAAAUCUUGCCUCUUGUGAAUAAAUCAGCGGGAUUUGUUCAUCAGAGUAUGGAUCGGGUCGAGGCGGUGACAAGCACCAUGGUGACGGCUCUGGAGCCCGACCUGAGCGGGAUGAGCGCCAGUCACCCGCCGCUCAACUCCAAUCACACGUCCGGGAUGGAGCACGUCUUUCAGUACUCGUACUCCGAGAGUGACUUGCAGUACACGGACUACAGGACCCCUCCAAGAGACUCGAUUCCGCUGCCCAAGGCGGUGCUGUACCUGGUCAUGGCCGCGCUGGUGGUGGUGGCCGUGGCGUACGCGAUCGUGGGGCACCUGGUGAAGGACCUCGUGCAUGACUUUGUGGAGUGGGUGUUUGGGCCCCGUUCAGACAACCGCAGGAGCAAGAGUGAGGUGAACUGCAUCAGCAGCAGCAUGAAUGAAAUGAGCGAACUCUCACGUCCAGUGGACUUGCGCUGCAUCGCAUACAAUCACUCCGACUGCCUGAGCACCGCUAAUAAGCCAGAAGAACUGGUGGUCACCAUCGAUGAGACCUUGCAGCUACCUUGUGAAGCUUACAGUGGGACCUAACGGAGACCAAACCACCACCAUUUGAUCCAACCCUUUAUUAUGAGGAGGAAAGCAUGUUUGCUUUAGUUUGAUCAGCAUCUGUGAUGCUGAAAUCCGGUGCGUUGAAGUCACAAGGCAGAAGUCCUGGAAUGAGGAAAACUGAAGAAUCUGGAAGACUUUAGAAGGAAUGGAAUCACUUUGAAGUACAUUAAAUGGAGUGCUGUGAGACACUUUAUAUUUUUAAAUCAAACAGAGAAAGUGGAAAGACAAUUCUUUGUCAUUCACAUCAGUCUUAUCACACAAUAUUUCAGUUUGUUUUUCUCGUUUUGUGGAGACAUGCACUGUGAAUCUAGAAUAGUGUUCUGCUGUUAUCCAUUCCUUAUACCUACAACCCACUAUGGUUUGAUUUUCCCACUUUUUGCGGAUAUUUAUGGCUAAGUACUUACAGUAUUUCCAAAUGCUCACAUUUUACUCACUAUCAGGUUUUCUGCAAUCGACUAUGCUGCUUGAAAACAGAAUUGCUUAGAGAUCUUUUCCCUACAGGUUACUUGAAAAGUCAAGUAAUGAAGAUGGUUUAGAUAUACAGCCCUUGAUGGAAAAAAAAAAAAAAAAAAAAAAAAAAAAAAAAAAAGGAAAAAAGAUCAAUAGUUAAUCCACAAUGGCUUUUUCAUUUAAGGCCGUGUUACCAAAAAUGUGUUUUAUAAUGUAGAGAGAUGCUACUCAAACACUUCUCACUGAAAAUAUAUAUUUAAAAGAUAGAAAACAGCAGUUAAAAAGAUUUUUGAUAACAUAUGUGAGUUAUACGUUGACAAAUGGUCUAAAAAAAGUCAUAUCUUUGUUUACUUCACAACUACAAGGGCUAUAAUUUCAGGUUUCAUCACAUGAAUCUUCAGAUCUAAACAUCAUAUUUUGAAACAGAUAUUAAAGUCAGUGUGUAUAAAAGAGGCAUAACUGGCAGAAUUAUCACUUACGAUUGUUUCAAACUGGCAAAGAAAAAGUAUCUUUUAGAAAUAAGAUUGAGAUGUAGGACCGAAGGCUCUGUCAACUUCUACUGUCCUCUUUCAUAUAUUUUUAACAAUACGAGGGAAAAAAUAGCUCUAGGCAAUUUACCUGGUUACUCUGCCAUAUAAAUAACUUUUGUUCUUUGUUGCCAAAGUGUAAUUAUGUCAGUUGUCACAUUUUCAAAAAAUGCAAAAAAUGUUGUAAUCCAUGUCCAGUCACACCAUGUAACAAUAAUCAAAAUAUGUUAAGUUGUAGAAAAACACAGAAAAGAUGUUUUCCUGUUGUUCAUGUCAUGUCCUGCAUUUUACACAAAUACCACAAAAGUCACCUAAUAAAUGUGAC